CGGCGGUUCUUGGCUGUGCUGGAGCUGCGGGUGAAGCUCAGUCUCCCGGGAGGAUCCAGCCCGUCCAGCCGUCCAGCUCCACCAUGUCCAACAACAACGCCAGCUCCAGCCUGGCCGUGGCCUACAGAGCCGUCAAACAGCUGAGACUGGAGGCCAGCGUCCGCAGAAUCCAGGUGUCUCAGGCGGCCACAGACCUGAAGAACUUCUGCCUUCAAAAUGCCCACAAAGACCCUCUGCUGAUGGGCGUUCCCUCCGGCGACAACCCCUUCCGCCCCCCGAAAUCCUGUGGGCUGCUCUAGAGUUGAUGUUGACUGAAGAUGCCUGAAGAAGAUGGUCACCUGACAGGAUAUACUAUCCUGAAACACUACACACACUCUCUCUCACACACACACACACACACUCUCUCUCACACACACUACACUACAGAGUUGUGAGAAUUCGUCUUGCUGCGUUUAUCUCUUUUUGUGGACCUUCAGAUCAGAGUUAUUUAAAUAUCUGAUAAAGCUGAUGAGGUUACACUGUGCAGUCCACUUUGGUACGAUCCACAUUUAGUUUAUUCAGACACUACAGUACUGUAUUCACACUGUAGCUGAACUACAUUACCCACAAUUCUUCCUUUAGGAUUAUUUGGUUCCAUUUAUCUGUUAUAAAGAAAACAAUGUUUAUAAUAAUUAGUAUUAUAAUAAGGUUUUUAACACUGUUGGUAGACGUAAUGAAGUGGACCAUUCAAAGCAGGACUGCACUGUUUAUUGUUUCUACUGUUACCAGCUCACAAUAGCCUUUGUUUUCAACAAACCAAAAUGUUUAAUCAGUAUACGGUCAUGUGACACUUAAAUGAAAACUUUCGUCUAUUUGAACAUAUUGGACAAUAUUGAAAUAUAUGGACAUUUUAUCUUUAUUUGAACUGUUUUAAACUUAAAAAACAUGAUUUAUAAAAUGAUUUAUACAUACAACAAAAAUAUAAUUAUUACUAAAAUGUGUAAAAUUAGAGUAAGGAAAAGCUCAGAGGAUUCUUUGGAGGAGCUUGAAUUAUGCAAAACUCUGCAUAAAAGGUGCUUAUUCUAAUAUUACACAUUUUUAGUAAAUGUUUUAGUAAUUAGUAAUAAAUGUGGGUGUUUUCUAACCUUUACCACACAAGAAAACAAGAAAAUUGCAUUUAUAUUCAUUACAAUUAUUAUUUUUACAAUAUUGUUCAUAUGAAGAUUGAAUCUCUAUAUGGUCUAAUAUGCUCAAAAAGACCACGUUUUCAGUUUUGUUUUUUAAUGCUAUUUUUUUCACAUUACUAAAAGUCGUAAUCAGCAUAAUUAGUGAUCAGUAAACUGUAAGAUUUUAUAUGAAGAAGAAAACAAGAGAGUUUUUACUCUAAACAUUUUGGAGUGUUUUAUAAAAGAUAGUAGCUGUCAGUUUUUAGAUGUAUUUACUGAAAAUAGUCUUUUCCUUUAAUAAUUUAUUAGCGCUGUGAGGCCGGGCUGGGAGAUCUCAGGAUUUGGGCUUGUUUGAGGAAUGUUUUAUAUAAGUAUAGUUUUUACACACUAUUCUGAUGACACUAACACUACAGUAGCCGUUUUGCUUGGUGGGAUCAAGCAGAUUUUGUAGUUUGCUUUCGGAAAACACUUUUAAAUGUGCUGUAAAUGAAUCAGUGGGAGAAUCAGUGUGGGAGAAACACUGAUUAUUAUAGUGCUGUAGAAGCUGUAAUAAUGUGCAUCUCCUCCAAUUCAUCACUAACCACCAACAGCAGGGGGUGAUCUGACCAUGCUGGAUUAAAAACUACAUUAGCUAUUAUUUCAUGCUGGUUUAUAUUCAUUUUUUUAGACAUAUAAUAAUAAUAAAAAUAAUAAAUAGAGAUGAUCUAGUUCAGCCAAAAUCCUAUUUAACACCAGUUUAGAGAAAUAGUUCAAUCAAGAACAAUAUGAAUUAAAGGGGCACUAAACCUCCUGAUUUUAGCUGACCUCACCCUCAGCUCAAAUUUGAAAAAGACUAAAAUGGGAGGGGUAGUUUGGGAAGGGCACUGGGUGAUGUAUGGGUUUAGGGGCGGGGCAGGAGAGAGCUGAUUGGCUGAGCACAAAUGACCAUAGUAAAAGGUUAGGAAAUGUUUUAAGCAGGACUGGUAUGUUAUAUUUCAGCUAUUAAUGAAAAAACUAUAGGGUUUUAUUAAAUAGUCUCAAGUUUAGCAUAACAUAGUUAUGCAAGCUUCUGUUCUUGGCAUAUUAAGUCAGAAGCUGCUAUUUAAUGUUUUUGUUAUUUUAACAUCAGGUCAUUUUCACACAGAGAUAAAGUGGCCCAAAUCUGAAUUAUUUGACAAUCAUAUUUUUUUUAAAGGCUGUUUUCCCUAUAUGCCAAAUUUAAUUGACAUUAACAUUAUGUGCAUUUUGUGUUGUGUUGCAGCGGAUAUUGGAUAUAUAUACCGGAUUUAAAUACCACGUAUAAAAGUGGGCCAAAUCAGAAUUGUAAAUGUCAGAUCAAUCUUAUACUAUCUCAAAUAUUGAUCUUACUAUACAUUUCUUAGUUUUAAUUGAUAUCAAUAGUUCUGAUAUCAAUAUAAACAGUAGAAAACCCACCGCCUGUGAUGUACAGUACAGGCCAAAAGUUUGGAGACACCUUCUCUUUUUCAGUGCGUUUUCUUUAUUCAUUAUUCAUUACUUUUUACAUUGUAGAUUCUCACUGAAGCAUCAGAACUAUGAAUGAACACAUGGAGUUUUAUGUACUUAACAAAAAAGGUGAAAUACAAAAAAAAAAGGUGUUUUAUAUUCUAGUUUCUUCAAAAUAGCCACCCUUUGCUCUGAUUACUGCUUUACACACUCUUUGCAUCAUUCUCUCAAUGAGCUUCUUCAAGAGGUGGCCACCUGAAAUGAAAAGUUCUCCAACAGUCUUGAAGGAAGGAAGGAGUUCCCAGAGGUGUUUAUUAGCACUUGUUGCCCCUUUGCCUUCUUCACUCUGUGCUCCAGCUCACCCCAAACCAUCUGGAUUGGGUUCAGAUCCGGUGACUGUGGAGUUCAGCUCAUUUUUUAUUAAGUACAUAAAACUCCACAUGUGUUCAUUCAUAGUUUUGAUGCUUCAGUGAGAAUCUACAAUGUAAAUAGUCAUGAAAAUAAAGAAAACGCAUUGAAAAAGAGAAGGUGUGUCCAAAUUUAAUAUUUAAAGGCAUUUUCACAAAUUUGUUGUUUUUAUUGUUAUUAUACCUCAGUAUUUUAACAUAGCUGUAACACUAUUAUACACAAAGUCAAGUGAUUUUUAUUAAAUGUUUGCUGCACAUCAAAUUAAUCAGGAUUUUUGAUAUCACUGAUAUCCUCAUUAAAGCAUGUUUAAGCAUUUUAUGACUGCACAUUUUUCUAAUAUAAACCUGCCUUAUGCUAACUGUGAUGUACAGUAACAGCUUAGUAAAAUCUGUGCCUUAAAUAAUUAACUUUAAUGAACUUGAAUUAACUUUAAAACCAGUGAAUUUAGCCAGAGGGAGAAACAGAGAAAUUUAGCCUUAAUUAUAAAUUCAUGGUCCUCAAUCAAGGAUCCCAUCCUCCACAUCGCCCGGCCCUGGUGUAAACAGCUGUGGGCUUAUCUGUUUUAGGGGUUUUUUUAGUGUGUUACUUUAAAUAAAAUCUUCCUCUUUAGAGUCUGAGUGCGUUUAGCAGUGAUGGAAUUUUAAUAGUGUUUUAAUUCGCUGAUUAACGUUGAGCUUUUUUAUUUUUAACCUCUGCUUCAACAUUAAUGGCAGUAUCGAUGAUCUACAUCAUCUAAAGGUGAACUCUUGACCUAAAUCUGGUAGAUUUUACCUGUAUUUAUGUAAUUUCUCUCGUUUUCUGAUGUUGUUGUGACGGACUGUUGAAUCUCGAGUGCCUUAUGAAUCUGAAUUUUAGCAUUUCUGCUUUCUUGUUUGUAGUGUUUUAAUAAAGCCUCCUGCAUUUCA